AUGAUCCGCGUGGUGGCUGGAACGUAUGAGGGCUUGCUGUACGGGUGGGAGUGCCCCACGGUGGCCUCGGGCGAGAGCACCAAGAUGAAGCUGACCUUCGGCUACGCGGCGCACUCGGAGUGCAUCAAGAGCGUGGCGCUCAUGGCCGCCAAGCAGGGCAAGACGCUGCUGUCGGGCGGCAGCGACGAGAUGAUCAAGAUCUACAACGUGGACAAGCGCGUGGAGGUCGGCAGCUUGAUGGAGCAGCACGGCGCCAUCACGAGCCUCGAGUUCUUCGGCCAGAGCCACGUGCUCAGCGGCAGCGCCGACAACUCCAUCUGCAUCUGGCGCACGUCGGACUGGAACUGCCUGCACAUUCUCGGCGGUCACAAGGGCGAAAUCAACUCGAUCGCGGUGCAUCCGAGUGGAAAGCUGUGCUUCUCCGUGGCGCGCGACCGCACGCUGCGUAUGUGGAACCUCGUGAAGGGCCGUAUCGCGUUCAUCCGUCGGCUGGAAAAGGAGGCGGAGCUCGUCAUGAUUUCCCAGAAGGGCACGCACUACGCGCUCGGAUUCGGCAAGGACCUGUCGGUGUUUAACAUGAACGCAGAGCUGGUGGGCACGCUGGAGCACUCCAAGAAGAUCCACUGCGCCGCGUUCGCGACAGACGAAUACAUUGUGUGCGGUGGCGAUGACAAAAAUAUUUAUAUCUGGAAGACCAACGGAACGUACGUGUUGCAACAACUCAGCAAUCUGGUCGGUAAAGUGACCCACAAGGACAUUGACGCUCGCAUUCGAUGCAUCCAGGUGGUGUAUCCGCAUGGCGAGGACAAGCUGCCGUGGAUUGUGCUCGCUACGUCUGACGGCGCGUUCCAGAUCUGGGACUUUGCCUCGUUCACACUGGAUGCUUCGUCGCCGGAGGAGGCAAACAAGUCGGUGCAGCCCAUGGCCUCGACCGUUCUGCUCACGAAGCCUCGUGUGACCUGCCUGUCCGUGUGCGUCGCCAGUGAGACGGUUGGCAGCUCGGGUAGCAAGAGCGAGCCUGCUGCCCGGAAGGGCAAGAAGACGAAGAAGGCAAAGCAGGCGGUGGACAAGAAGCCCGCUGCUCCUGCUGCCGGCGUCCCGCACGUGGUUGUCGAGCUGGAUGACGGCAAGACUGAAGGCGAGGACGAGGCGUCCAAGAAACGCAAAUUGACCGACGGUGCGCAGCAAAAGAGCAAGAACAAGAAGCGGAAGCAGAAGAAGACGCAGCAGUAG